AACUUUUAUAUGUUUAUAAAACAUACUUUGCUGAUACUUAUUCUUAUUAAUGAAGUUAAAUCAAGUUAUCUUAGUUACUUUAUGAGUAAUCCAUUAGGAAUUAACUUGGGUAGUGUAGAUACAGAAGGUUAAGAUUAGAUAUUAUGAAAAGGUUGGAAUUAUAAAUGUGAUAAUAAUGGACCUCUUAUGAUGGGAUAAGAAUAUUUUGGGUUUAAUUGUUUUUAUGGAACUAUGACUAUAGCAGGAGGCUAUAUUAUGUUAUAUGAUCUUCCACCUCAUCAUUCUAUAAGUGUAGCAUUUAAAUAUAAAUCGUAAAUAUUUUAUGUAUAUAAUAAGAUGGUUAAUAUUUACAUCCUUUAGUUCUCAAUAAGAAUCCUAUUUCUUUGCAGAUGGAAUUGUUACUUAUUAGUAUAAAAUUAUCUUAUUUUUUAGUAAUACUAAUAAUCUAUAAUUUAACUCUGGUGCUUUUUCAACUGAGUUUAGACAUUCAUCUUAAACACUUCUUUUAGAGUAUUUAUAAAUGGGUGGCAUUCCUGCUGUAUUUAUAAUUAUUAUUAGAAUUAGAUGUCAACUUCUGGAUUUAGAGAAUUAACAAUCGAUCUUAAAUUAUGUCCUUCAGGUUGUUUAAGUUGUGAUGCAAGUCAUCUAGCUUCAUGUAAUACUUGGCUUUUAAUUGACUAUUCAAUGAAAGCUUAAAACAUAUAAAAUUUUAAUAAUGAUGGUUGGAAACCUAUUGGAGAAUAACCAGCUAAUAUUUAUUAAUGUGGAAGUAUAUAUUUUUAAUUUAAAUCAGGUUAAACUAAAUUUUAUUUUUUUGGAUUUUUUGAUAAAACAACAAAAUUAGAAAAAACUAUUUUUUUACAACCACACUAUGCAAUUUAAAUUUAAUUUCUUAUACUUUAUAUAAAUUUUAAUCGAUAAACUAAACCUACAACUUCAAUUUUAUUUGAUGAUGUAACAGUUUAUUAAGUUGUUGAACUUCUAGAUGUUUUAUAAUUGAUGAUUUGUAAUUAUAUACCUAUUGAAUAAAUAUCUAUUCCUACAGGAGAUUAAGUCAAUAGAGUUAAUUUUUACAGACUUCAUAAUCAAUCUAAAUUAACAAUUACUAUUGCUCAAUAAUAAGUUUCUGAUAUUAAUACACCUUGGGGUAUAAGAGACUUUUAAAUACUAUUAAAAAAAUGUCAUUCAAGUUGUUUGUAUAGUUGUACAGGUCCAUUAAUAUCUGAUUGUGUUGGUAUUUAAAGUACAAUGAUUUAAUUUGCUAAUCAUUUUAAUGAUGCUAUGAUUACUACUUUUGAUGGAUGGAUUGAAUAAAUAGUUUAUACUGAUAAUAGAAAUUGUAAUGGAUAAUAAAUUAUUGGAGGUCUAUAAGAUAUUUAACUCUAAAAGUUAUCCUAUUAAAUCUUCAAUCUUCCAUAACACAAUUAACUUACUAUUUCUUUACUAUUUUUUUAAAUAGAUUCUUUUCAAAAUAAUGAAAAAUUUUAUAUAAUUGUUGAUGAUGUUUAAGUUUAUGAAAAAUAGUUACUCUAUAUAACUGAUUUAUCAACUGGUUUAAAAUUAUGUGGAAAUACUCAAUAACUUGAUACUUAUUUUUCAAUUAAAGUUAAUUCAGUUUCUCAUACUUCUUCAAAUGUUAUUAUUAAAUUGUAUGUAAUUGGUUCUACUACUGUUGGUAAUUAUAUUCAAUAAUUAGGUCGUUGGGGAAUUCGUGAAUUUUAAAUUUAAGCUGAUCAGAAAGUAGUAGGUAAAUCAAUGAUUAAUGAUGAUAAAUCAAUUGUAUCUUGGUUUGGUUAUAGUGAAACACUUUAGACUUUUAAUUGUUAGAAUUCUAAUUUUAAUUUGAUCUACAUUGAGAAAGGUAAAAAAGUUAGUAAUAAAUUAAUUAAUUUACCAACUCAUUCUAAGAUUUUAGUAAAGUUUAAAGUAGUCAUAAUUUACUUAUAAAAAUUUAGUAAUUCUAGAUAUCUAUAUUUGAAUGCUGAUGGAUAAAAUGUUUGGAAACAAAACUUUUUAUUAACUUCAGAAAUAAAUACAUGUGAUAAUAUUAAUUAUAGUUAAUCAUUUGUUUUUGAAGCAUUUUUUGAUCAUUAGAGUUCAAGUUGUUUUUUAGAAUUUAAAGCUGAUGGAAGUAUUUUGAAUAAUAUAAAUUUUAUAGGUGGACCCUCAGAAUUAAUCGUUAAUUUUGGUAUUAGAGAACUGAUUAUAUAAUAUGAAAAGACAUUGAUUUGAAUAAGAUAGAAUAUAAAUUAA